AUGAAGCAAGUUUCACAGUUGACUUCAAGUUGGUUGAAGAAAAUUAGACUUCCAUUGAUACUUGCUAGGAUCAAAACUAUACUCAUGUUGUAUGUUGUAUGUUAUAUGUACACAAGUAUCUUGUGCUUGUUCUUCGCACAUGAUGAAGUAGACUCAAAUACAUCUUUGACGAUGCCUGCAGCAAAUUUGUUUCCUUCCACUCCAUCUAGUUGA